AUGAGGGUACUCGGAAUUACGGCGGUGCUCUGCCUUCUGGCGGCGGCUGUGUCUGCCGACCCCGUGAGGGUUAGGCAGCCCAAGGCGGACGACGAGGAGUUGGCCUGGUGGCAGACGUCAGUCAUCUACCAGAUAUACCCGCGCUCCUUCAAGGAUUCCAACGGCGAUGGCGUCGGUGACCUCAGAGGAAUCAUCAACCAGCUGGAGUACCUACAGCAGCUGGGCGUUGGUGCCGUGUGGCUGUCGCCCAUCUACCAGUCGCCCAUGGUGGACCUCGGCUACGACAUCUCCAACUACUUCGAAAUUGACCCAGUCUUCGGCACGAUGGAUGACUUCAAUGAGUUCAGGGACAAAGCCCAUAGUCUGGGCCUCCAGGUGAUGAUGGACUACGUGGUGAGCUACACGAGCGACCAGAUCGAGUGGUUCCAGAAGUCCCUGAGGAGGGAGGACGGCUACGACGAGUGGUACGUGUGGGCCGUGGGAGAGCGCAACGAGUCGGCCCCGCACGGCUACAACGUGCCUUCCAACUGGCUGAGCCUGUUCCGUGGGUCUGCGUGGGAGUGGAGCGAGGAGCGCCAACAGUUUUACCUGCACUCCUUCACCGUCAACCAGCCGGACCUCAACUACCGCGACGACGGUGUCGUCCUCCAGAUGAAGGACGUGCUGCGCUUCUGGCUGGACAAGAAGGUGGACGGGUUCCGCGUGGACGCCGUAUCCCAGAUGUACGAGGCGGAGGGCUUCCCAGAUGAGCUGCCGUCCGGUCUCACCAACGACACGGAGGCCAACAACUACCUGCAGCACGUGCAGACGCAGAACCGGCCCGAGACCUACGAGAUGAUCAAGCAGUGGAGGGCCAUCUUGGACGAGUACCAGGCCGCCGACGGCAAAGCCAAGGCGAUGAUGCUGGAGGUGUACGACGACCCGGAGAUCGUGAUGCCGUACUACGGCACGCCAGAAGAGCCAGGCGCGCAGUUCCCCUUCAACUUCUACUUCAUCAGCCAGCUCAACGCCCAGAGCAACGCCUCCGACGUCAACAGGGCCGUCCACCUGUGGAUGGACAACAUGCCCGAGGGCAACUGGCCCAACUGGGUGCUGGGCAACCACGACCAGCCUCGCGUGGGAACCCGCCUGGGCGUGGCGCGCAAGGACCUGUUCAACAUGAUCUCGCUGCUGCUGCCGGGCACGGCCAUCACCUUCAUGGGGGAGGAGAUCGGCAUGGAGAACACGCACGUCUCGUGGGAGGACACUGUCGACCCCUGGGCGCUCAACGCGGGACCCGACCUCUACGAGUCCGUCACCAGGGACCCGGAGCGCACGCCCUUCCAGUGGAACACCAGCGCCAACGCAGGCUUCACAGACGAGGGCGUCAAGCCCUGGCUGCCCGUCAACGAGAACUACCUGCAGGGCAUCAACGUGGAGUCUGAGCUGGAGGCGGACCUGAGCCACAUCAAGGUCUACAGGAAGCUGGUGGACGCCCGGGGCUGGCGCGUCGCUCAGCGGGGAGCUCUCGACACCGCCAUCAUCUCAGAGUGGGUCUUCGCCUUCACCAGGACGCUGGACGGCGAACCGACGGUGGUGGUGGUGGGUAACCUAGGCACCGACGUGGAGACUGUGGACCUGUCGGCCACCUUCGAUGGUCUGCCUGACCAACUGACUGUCCACGCCGCCAGCAUCUCCUCCAGCACGCAGAGCGGGGCAACGGUAUCCCCACAGUCUGUGACCCUGGAAGCCGGCGUGGGUCUGGUCCUGGUUGCAAACUCUACAAGCGCCGCUUAA